GGAGGAAGCGGUGGCGCUGGGCCGGGCCGGGCCGGGCCGGGCUGGAGGGAGACUUGUUUUCCAACGCCCGAGGGUGUCCCGGGACCACAACUUCCGAGCGCCCAAGGGUGCCGCAGACCCCCGGCUGUGGGUGCCCCGGGACCCGGCCAGCGAUGCCCAUCCCGCACCUGCACUCGAUGCUGGAGCUGCUCCCGUUCCUGCUGCUCCUGUUCCUGCUACUCACCCUCAUCCUCGCCUUCGUCUACACCCAGCGGCCCGACCCCGACCCCGACUCCAAGCGCAUCUGAGCCGCUCCGGGGCCCCGCACCGCCCGCCAGUGGCUGUCCGUCACAUGACCCAAAGCAGGAACCAUGGAGAAUUCAACCGGCGAGGAGUACAAGAUCCAGUCAUUCGAUGCUGACACACAGAAGCUGCUGAAGAUGGCACUGAAAGAACCAGCUUCAGUGGACCUGGAGAAAGUGGCCUCGGUGAUCGUCGAACAGUCCAUGAAGGACCUGGUGUUCAGUAAGGAAGCUGGCCGCAUCUGCUACACCAUUGUCCAGGCUGAGAACAAACAGAGUGGGAACAGUAACUUCCGACGUUGUGUCCUGAACCGACUGCAGCAGGAGUUCCUGGUGAAGGAGCAGAUCCGGGAGAACUCGGUGAAUGCCUGGGUCUGCCUCGUCACCUUCAUCUGCAAUGUGUUUGAUUACCUGAAGGUCAAUAACAUGCCCAUGAUGGCACUGGUUAACCCCGUAUAUGACUGCUUGAUGCGCCUUGCCCAGCCUGACGCUCUGCAGAACGAAGAGGAGGUGGACUGUCUGGUGCAGCAGUUGCACCGUAUCGGAGAGCAGCUGCAGAAGACCAGCACGCAGCGGAUGGACGACCUCUUCUGCCUCUUGCGAGAUGGCUUCCUGCUGCAGGAGCGGCCCUCCUCGCUGUCCCGGCUCCUGCUGCUGGAGAUCAUCGAGUUCCGGGCAGGAGGGUGGAAGAUGUCCGACAGUGCCCAGAAAUACUACUACAGUGAGGUGGUGGACUGACGGGCGAGAGCGCUGACUUUAGCCUUGACACAAGGUGCUGUUUCAGAUUCUGAGGCUGCGGCUGCAUUGGAUAUUCACCAGCUGAGGGAGCUGUUGGUUCAAGUUCCCAUGCUUGAGGAUUUAACUUUCUUUUUGAUAACACUUUUUUAAAUAACAGUGAAUUGGGCUUUGGAUGGUUCUGGGUGUGGGCUACUGCUGCCUGUAGUUAAACUUCUACCUGAGGCUUGUUUCUGUGGCGGGCGGAUGCAUUUAUUGCCAACCAUCUGUGCAGGGUGAGUUCUCUGCCCAGCCCCAGCGCCCCUCUGCAGGCAGGGUCGAGGAGACCCUGGCCACUGCCGUGCACGGCGCAGAGUUCACUCACCGCACUCUGCUUGCACCUCCUGAGGUCCCUGUGCCCCAAGGGUGCCCCUCCCCUCUGCACAGACCGGACCACUGGACACUAAAUGCCCAGUGUUUACAAGCUUUAUUUUUUCAGAUUCUGAGGUCCACACCCAAUUCCCCAUGGGCCAGGCAGCCAUUAACCACAUUGGGUCUGGAGUCACAUACAAGCUAGACUGGGUUAGGGUGGCGGAUUUCCCUCUCCUGAUGGACAUUAGUCACAAGGAAGGGGGUCAGGCGGAGACAUUAACAAGUGCCUUGUUCUCCCCUGUCACUGCCCUCUUCCAUGGUCUGGUUGCAAAGAGCCUGGAGCCCAGAAACUACAUCUGACCAAGACCUGUUGCUCUCGGAUGCCACUGACUGCAGUGUCAACCAAGGAGGAGCCCACUCUGUCAGUCAGAAUGAUUGACAGCUGCAGAGAGGGCAACUCCUCCCCCAGUCCCUCCCUGCAGACGCUUAGCAUUAGUUACACUGAUCAGUUUUCAGAAGCUUUGUUUAAAUAAAGGAGCUGGUUUCACUUCACACAAGGUUGCACACCUUAUUACCCUUAAUUAAACCAACAACCGGUUGAAGGGUAAUCUGAGCUGCAAAGGACAGGAGGAAGCCAUUCGGCCCCUUGUCUGCUGCUCUAUCCCAUGGGACCGGUGCUGACCUGUAUCUCGUCCAUUUACCUGCUGCUCCAUGUUCUUUGAUGCGGAUAGCAAACUAAUCUACUAAACUUGAUGUUUGAAAGCUCCCGGUGAC